UGGUUGAUUUCUCUCUCUCACUAUGAUGGCAUGUAUUUGUCACCAGCCGGUUAUCGCCCAAUCACGCGUCCCACCCACAGACUGUCUCUGUUCCGUAUAAAUGCGCAGCGGUGGACUUCUGGCUUCCACCAUCACCAUCACCACAGCCCCUGCACGCUGUGGUUUCUCGGUGUUGAGGGGAAAUUUUCGGACUUUUACGCGUCUUUGCGUUUUGCUUUCACUUUUCCACGCGUUGAGUGCGUGCCAGCAGAGCGUGCUUCAGUCGCAGCGGGAGGACAAGCAGGUAAACCGUACAUCAUCAGUCAUGGCCGCCAUCAGCAGCUCAAACACUUGUUUUGCCUUGGAGCUGUUUCGCACUCUGAGUCAAGCAAAUCCAACCGGGAACAUCUUUGUCUCGCCGCUGAGCAUCAGCUCAGCCCUGGCGAUGGUUUACCUGGGAGCUAAAGGAGACACUGCUUCUCAGAUGGCACAGGCGCUCUCGUUCAGCUCUGGUGAAAGUGUCCACGCAGACUUCGAGGAACUGAACGCUGACAUAAACUCUCCAUCUGCAUCGUUCAUCCUAAAACUAGCCAACCGUCUCUACGGAGAAAGCACUUCCAACUUCCUCCCACAAUUCCUUGAGGCCACACAGAAGUAUUACCAGGCAGACCUGAAGGCUGUGGAUUUUAUCGGGGCUGCAGAGGCGUGCAGAGCGGAGAUCAACAGCUGGGUCGAGGAGCAGACUGAAGAUAAGAUUAAAGAUCUCCUGAAGCCAGGAACAGUCAGUUCUAUGACGAGAUUGGCUCUAGUUAAUGCCAUCUACUUCAAGGGAAACUGGAAGAACCGCUUUGAUGAGGCAAACACCAAAGAGAUGACCUUUAAAGUCAACCAGAAUGAGAGCCAGCUGGUGCAGAUGAUGUACCAGAUGAAGAAGCUGCCUUACAACUACAUUCCCGAGCUAGGUCUUCAGAUCCUGGAGCUGCCGUACGUGAAUGAGGAGCUCAGCAUGUUCAUCCUGCUGCCUGAAGAGUCCACAGACGGCUCUGACCCUCUGCUGAAGCUGGAGACUGAGCUAACGCGGGAGAAGCUGGACGAAUGGACCGUCAGGGAAAACAUGGACGUCCACUCAGAAAUCCUCGUUCACCUGCCCAAGUUCAAGCUGGAGGAAGAGUACGAGCUGAAUGAGCCUCUGGCCAAACUGGGCAUGAAAGACGUGUUCUGCGGGGCGAAGGCAGAUUUGUCUGGCAUGAACGGUGAAGGAGGACUCUUCCUGUCCACAGUGGCCCACAAGGCCUUUGUGGAGGUGAACGAGGAGGGGACGGAGGCGGCUGCAGCCACAGCAGGCCUCGUAGCGUUCUGUAUGUUGAGGGAGGAGCACUUCACAGCGGACCACCCCUUCCUCUUCUUCAUCAGGCACACUAAGACCAAGUCCAUCCUCUUCCUCGGCAGGUUCUCGUCUCCUCAGUAGACAGAACCAGUACAGGAAGAUGUUGGGCUUAUUCAAAUAAAAAGUAUGCAAAAUCCUUUAAAUGAAUGGCUUUAUUUUCUGUGGUGUUCUGCUAAUUAAAGAACUGUAUUUUUUGCCUGCCUUUGCACUGAAAUGAUUGAUGUAGCUAUUUGAGUGUUUUUGGUUGAAUGAAUGCAUUAUAAUACCGGAGUGAAUUUAAGAGAAAUAAAGCUUAAAGGUUUUAAAGUGACUACAUUGUUAAAAUGGAGACAAUCAGAGUUUUUAUAAGGACUGAUUCUUCACCUGA